UUCAGCUCUGAACUUGUUGCUUUCGGAGCCUUCCGAAGGGAGAACCCAGGCGUCCUGCUACAGUUCCUGCUCCGCGGGGUUCCGGGAGGAGAGGGACGGAGGGAGGGAGGUAGGAUCAGGGAAACAACAGCAACCUUUCCAGCUGGGCAGCCAGACGGAGGCGUGGAUUAGCCCGGGCAAAUCCUUUUAGCGCGCCCCAUCACAUGGUCCGUUUAAGUGGCUUGUUGCCUGCAAACCUCUCCCGCAAGGCAAUUAGCAGCGCAGGGGGGGGAAGAGGAGGGGAGAGCGAGGAAGAAGAUGCCCUUUAAAGGGGAAAAGGACGGGGACGAACUUUGCCCGGAGAAAAGUACCGGUAGCAGAGAGAGGUGCUUCUGGCAAGCUAUUGGGAGCAUGAACAUGCAGCACAGAAGAAGCCAAGCUGAUCCAUCAGUAGGUAUUUCUUUUGCCGCCUGCUCAGAGUUGAAGCCGAGAAUCUAGAACCUGGCUUUCGGAUUUCCAUUGGGGAGGCAGACUAGACCUUAAGAGGCCCAGAUCAAGAAAUCAAAUAGAAACUCUGAGUGCUCCAGAAACAGAAGCCCCAGUUACUGUCAGGAUUGAGACAGGAUCAGAACCCCAUAGUAAGGAAGCUACAAUUAGAAUUUUGGAGAUCAAUAAAUGCAAGCCUUGAGGAUCCAGAAAAACCAAUCGAGAAACACCACCCAUUCUUUGGCUUAGCCUGAGCAGGCGGUUGGAUACAGAUAAGUUAUAGAAGUUCCAACUCUUGCAGUGAUUUAUAGCUCCCAGGAACUACAUGAAGGCUCAGAAGAGCGCAGGAUUUCCUUCCGCCACCCCUCGCCUCUGAACCCAUGGAGAGCCUCAACAAUUUCUGCCGCCUCUGUGGCGCGGUGCUUCGCGGCAAUCACCGGCGAUGGCUCUUCAGCCGCAGCGGAGGCGGCUCGCGCCCUGACCUGCAAGUGGUGCUGUCCUACGUCCUCAGCCGGGAGCCUCCCCAGCGCGGCGACGGACGGGGGGAGUUCUUGUGUGGGAAAUGCGCCCAGGCCUUGGGCCGGGUGUACCGUUUCGACACCGUCAUCGCCCGGGUGCAAGCCCUCUCCAUUGACCGCCUCCAGCGCCUGCUCUCGGAGAAGGACCAGCUGGCUCGCACCCUCCGCCACAUCCACACGCAGCGGUUCCCGGAUGAUGCCGGCACCACCUUCUCCUACGUGGGCCAAGAGAUCUCCGCCAGCAUCGCAGAUCUGCCCCACGUGCGCUACCAGCGCCUCCUGCAGGACGACAUGGCCCUCUCUCAGUAUGAGUGCUGGGCCGGUGACGCCGACGGCAGCUGCCCGGGGACGCCGUGCCGGUCGCGGCAGUGCCGCAGCUGCCACGGGCUCCGGGUGGAGGAUUCGGAUUAUGAGUGGGUGUGUCAGACCCCGAGGCGGCUGGGGGUGCUGUCUCCUGGCUUCCCCCUCUGCCGGGACAAGUCGCAGAGCAUGCCCACGGUCCACCGCUCUGGCUCCCGUGCCUCGCUCCGCUCACAGAGCUUGGGAGACACUGAGUCUUGCUCGAUGCUGUCACUGGACACUCUGCCAGAGCCGGACGUGGCCUGGGAGGCUCUGAGGGCACUGAGGGGCAUUGAGAGGAAACGGCUGCGGGUGCCGACGGGCAGCAAGAUCCCGGUGCUGGCCAGGAACAGGCAUGUGCCCACUCCUCGGAGGGAGAGCUCUUUGGGAGAGGAGGCCUUUGAAGAGAUGGUGGAUGAGUUUCUGCCGCUGGAGGCGAAGUUCCAAGCUCAGCAGAUGCUGCUGCAUCAGGAUGUCCAAGGGGCGUAUGAGAACCUGAAGCAGCGCCUUGAGGCUGCCGAAGAAGAACUCAGGAGCUUUCAGGAGAAGCUGGGAGAGGACAUGAAGCCGGAGGCUGAGAUCUCACCGGAGGUGAAGGCCGCCAGUAGCCAAGAGCGGCUGAUUCAGCGGCUGGCAAUGUGUCUGCAGAGCAAGGAAAGGGCCUUACAGGACUGUCUUAUCCUCUUGCAGUCUCUUGGCCCUUCGGGGGUCAAGUCCUCCAUGCUGGAAGCCCAGAUAAAGCAAAUGACCCAUCGCCUGAAGGAGAGAGACCAGGCCUUAGAGAAGACCUUGUCCGGUCACUUCCUGGCGUUGGAGUCUGUGCACCAUGAGGUGAGGCACCUUCAGGAGGCGCUGAAGGACAAAGACGCCGACCUGUCAAGACUUGGCACUGCCCUCCGCACAGGAGAGGAGACCUUGCAUGCUUUGCGCGAGGUACUACAUCAGAAGGAUCGGGAGAUCCAGCGGCUGGAAUCCCUCUCUGCCUCGACCCGCGGAUCCUGGCAGCAGCGGGACCAAACUUUGCUCCUAGCCCUGAAGGAAAAGGAAGCCUUAAUCAAAGCCCUCCAAGAAGCGCUCGCCAGCAGCACCAAGGAUGUGGAGGCGCUUGCCAACUCCCUCGGCAGCCCCGACUUCGCCCCAGGCCUGCUCCAGAGGAUCCAGGAGAAGGAAGACUUGCUGGCCCGGUCUUUGGCUGAGCAGGAGGAGAUCAGAGCCCAGUGGCAGAGGCGCCUGGAAGCCGUGGAAGAUGCAGCUUCUGCCACGGAACAAGAGCUGCAGGAGCAGCUGCGCCGGCAUUCGCAGGAUGCCCGAGAACGAGCGCAGGAAGCUGAGAAGCUGCGCAGGCGUCUGACGCAAGCCGAGGCAGAGCUCACCCAGGGAGCUGUAGCUCUGGAGGAGCAUCGCGCAGAAGUUGCGCGGCUGCAGCGCAUGGAGGCAGUGAUAGAGCAGGUCCUGGAGGAAGCUUUGCGGGAGGCAGAGGAGAAGGACCGGGUCCUGCAGAAGCUGCAGGAGCUCUGGCUGAAGAGGAUGAGGCAGGUGCCAGGGAGAGAAAUGUCUCCUCGUGCCAGAAGUGGUUUAUUCCUGCUGGCCACAUGACCCAGAAAGCUGUCUGUGGACAAACGCCAGCUCCCUCGGCCUGAAAGCAAGAUGAGUGCCACAACACCAUAAUCACCUUUGACUGGCGUCCAGGGAUCCUUUACCUUUGCCUUUUUUCCUGACCAGGAUGCAUCCCACAUCCUUCAUGUGUUGUUUGAGAGUUGGGGAAGGCUACCUAAGGGCGCAGGGAGGCCACGUAGCGCAUACACAGCAAUUUUGGAAGAGAGGCCUCUUUAAGGAGCCUUGCAUACUUAGUUAGACUAGAUGGUCCAUGAACCCCAGUACUGUUUGCACUGGCUGGCAGUGAAGCACCAUUUUUUCAGAUGGGGGGAGCCUUUCCCAGCCCUACCUGGAGAUGCUGAAGAUUGGGCCUGGGAUCUUCAGUGUGCAAAGCAGACUCACUUACCACUGAGCCAAUCGCCCUUCCCCAAACACUUCUGCCAUGUUUGUCCUCAAACACUGACCUGUUUUUCUACCUGACACCUGCCGGCUACCCGGUCAUAAGCGCCACAUGAGCCCAGUGCAUGGACCGGGCUGCCUCUCUGCCUGCUUACUAACUUUGCACUGAUUUUCAAUGUCACCUUAUUACAAGUAACUUAAUUUGGAUCCAGACUUCAUUGGUGGUUUUUAAGCAGAGGUUGGAUGUCCACCUGCUUUUAGCUGAGAUUCCUGCAAUGCAGGGGGCUGGACUAGAUGACUCUUGAGGUCCCUUCCAACACUAUUUCUGUAUUUUAAUAUUUUGUUAGAAGCCGCCCAGAGUGGCUGGGGGAACCCGGCCAGAUGGGCGGGGUAUAAAUAAUAAAUAAUAAUAAUAAUUAUUAUUAUUAUUACUACAAUUCUAUUCACAAGUAAGUCUCAUUGAGGCAUGCUCCUAGAUAAGCGGGUGCAGGAUUGCAUCGUCAUCUUUUUUUUUAAGGUGCCACAGAACUCUUAGCUUCAGAGAUUGGUAACAGACUAAAAUAUUUCCAUAGGUUGUGGCUGUUGCUUUUGCUGUCACCGAAUUAACAGCGAUCUGUCGAGAUGCGCCUGCUUCUCAUAACAUGAGAACUUGGGUACAUCCAAUGAGGAUGAAAGUUGGGAAAUUCAGGGCAAAAGACAAAAGAAAGGGCUUUUUCACAUGGUGCAUAGAUAAACUGUGGUGUUCUCUGGCCACCAACUUGGAUGGCUUUAAAAGAGGCUCCACCAGUAAUGUUUCUGAACACUAGUGGCUGGGAAUUUCAGGUGGGGAGAGUGUUCUUGUGCAGAAAAAUAGCUCUGACGGUUUUGCUUCCCUCCUAGUUCCAGGCCAGACUCUCCUGCCUUCUGCCUGCUCUCCGAGCCUUGCCCCUGACUGACCUCAAGUGCUCCAGAAAUUGAAGAGAUGUUGGACAAAAUGAAAUUAUACUUGAUCAGUGGAAACACUGGGCAGAGAGACAUAAAACUGCGGGGGCUGGGGGAGUUGCCAGUUAUUUAUAGAAAGGGAGUAUUGCAUGGUGAGCUUCUGUUUCAUUCCUGGUGAAGAGGAGCUAAUGUAGGGAACAUUGAUUGCGAUUGUGUUUUUAAUCUGGGUGUGAAGUUAUUUGAAAUAGUAGGGGAUGCUGGAGUACAAGCUUCAUGCAACAGGAGCUGUUUCUUAGGAAUGUACUGCCUGAAAUAAUAAUGCAAAAGUGAUCUAACACAGUGUGAAGUCUUUUUGUUCUGAUGCUGGCAGGGGUGAGUGCUUUUGAGUGAGUGCAGUUGCAGGAAACUGCAGGAGGGGAGAGCAGAGCUAGGCUCUAAUCCUGCUUGCAUGCUUCCCAGAACAGGAGGCUGGUUUGUAGGCUUGUCCACAUUUGAGCAUUAUUUAGCUGUUUAUCCACUUUCCAGCCCAUACAUAUUAAACUGGAGUACUCCACACCAGCACAUAUUUGAAUUUCUGCAGGGGGAGGAGCUUUAAUAAUUAAUAAAAUAUGUUAUUGUUGUUAA